AUGCCAACCACGGAGAUCACCCCUACUCAUACGAGACCCUCACACUCAUCCUCCUCCGGGUCCUCAACAACUCGUGAGAAAGAAAAGGAUGCCGAAAUCAACGUUACCACAACCUCCCGCCCGGAAUCCACCGCCUCAGAUCGCACCACCGUUCCAGUCCCCCUCAGCAUGAAACUCAUCUCCAUCCUCCUCGUCUCCCUCAUCGGCUUCGGCGGACACUGGUCCUCAGGCGUCACCGGCGCAAUGAAAUCUACCCUCAAAAAGGAACUCAAGAUCAACAACACUAAAUACGCUCUUCUCACCUCUUCGCAGGACUUCAUGGUCACGGUCCUCAUCCUCUUUUCGGGUAUGUGGACCGACCGUGUCGGAGGAGCAUCCGCAAUGCUUUACGGUAACGCCCUCUUCUCCGUCGGUUCGAUCCUCAUCGCCGGCGCCGCUCAAUGCCGUAGCUUCAAGUUCAUGAUCUUCGGAACCGUGGUCGAGAGUUUGGGCGACAUCGCAACCCAAGUCGCGCAAUACAAAAUCUUCUCAUCCUGGUUCCCCCCCUCCGCCGGCUUCGCCGCAACCCUCGGUUUCGAACUCGGUAUCGGCAAGAUCGGUUCAUUCGUCGGCAAGUCCUCCGCCAAUAUCAUCGCCAAAAACACCGGCGAUUUCGCAUGGGUAUACUGGACCGCGGUCUUCAUGAACAUCUUCACAAAUGUCGCGACGCUCGUAUUCUGGUUCUUUACAAAAUACGCAAACAAGAAAUUCCACGGCACAAAUGAUCCCGCAACCGGCGAGAAACUAACCGAGUCCAACAAAAAGUUCGAGAUUCGCAAAGUCCUCGAGUUGCCGUGGACGUUCUGGAUGGUGAUGCUAUUCACCGCAUUCCAAACCUCCACCGCAAUCGUAUUCUCCCAAAACUCGACCGAACUCGCAGAACAGCGAUUCAACGUCGACUCCAUCAAAGCGGGGUGGUACUCGGCCAUGACCCAAUACAUCGGAUUCUUCCUCGUGCCCUUGUUGGGCGUAUUCAUCGAUAUCUUGGGAAACCGCAUCACCGUUUUCGCCGUCGUCGGCCUCGGGUGUUUCCUCGCAAUGAUCCUUAUCGCAUUCGGCAAAACCGUCGGAGCAACCGCCGCCGCGUUCGGAAUCUACGGUGUAGCGUACUCGUUCGGGCCCACUGUCAUCAUCGACGGGAUUCGGACAACGAUGCACUACCAAGGCGUCUUUGGCUCCGCGUACGCGAUUAAGAUCGCGAUUAAUAAUUCGAUGAAUAUUAUUAUCGCGAUGAUCACCGGUGCGCUCCAAGACGCCGAUAACGAUUCGUACGACCGUGCCGUGAUCGUCUACGCGGCCGAUUCCGCCGCAGCAUGCUGUGUCGUGCUCGUCAUGGUCGUUCUCUGUUUCCGAUCCGUCGAUAUGCGUUCUCUCCAGUGGACUCGCAAGCAGCGUAUUGCCCGCGGUCACAUCAUUAAUGAGAGGAAGGAGUUUAAUACGACUGGUGAGCAAUAUGAGCGUAAUAAGAAGAUUUCGGGGGUAUUCUUUGGGUUGGUGUGUUUGUUGAUUGUGGGGGCGUGGGCGGCGUACAUCUGGGGUGCUGCCACUGGAAACAAUUACUAA